AUGGACAAAAGUUGGAUGCACCUCACCAAUAGGUUUAGGUCAAGGGAAUAUGGCAUUGGGGUUAGGCAAUUCCUCACAAUGGCUCGAGCUCAUGCUGAAGGAAGUACAACCGUUAAGUGUCCAUGCCGUAGAUGUCGUAAUAAUUCCUUCUUGCCAAUCAGUGAGGUAGAGAGGCAUUUGUUUAUUACGGGUAUUGAUCCAAAUUAUACUAAUUGGAUUUUUCAUGGCGAUCAAGAACCGUUUAGUUUCAUGGCCGAGGACGGAGAUGAUAUACCUGAUGGUGGUGACAAUAGUUAUAUUGAUGACAUCGACGAUAUGUUGGGUGACAUUCAUGUGGCAAACAAUGUAGGCGAAGAAGAUGACAUGGCUCCACACCCCGGGGAGCGCAAUACGGUUGAACCCGACCCGAGCACCUUUGAGAAGUUGUUGGAAGAUGCUUGCCGUCCACUUUAUGAUGGUUGCAACUCAUUUUCCAAAUUAUCAUUCAUUGUUAAGUUGCUCCAUAUCAAAACUAUUGGCGGUUGGAGUGUAAAGUCCUUUGACAUGUUGAUAAAACUAUUGAAAACAACUUUUCCUGAUUCACUCUUGCCAGAAUCUUUUCAUGAGUCACGUGCAUUGGAGCGAGGGUUGGGAUUUAGAUACAUUAAAAUUCACGCUUGCCCAAACGAUUGCCUACUCUAUUGGAAGGAAAAUAGCAACUUGCAAGAGUGCCCUAAGUGCAAAGCCUCUAGGUGGUUGUCGGCCACAUCUUCUAAACGACCAGUGCCCCAAAAGGUAGUGAGGUAUUUUCCACUGAAGCCAAGGCUGCAGAGACUAUUUAUGUCCAAGAAAACAGUUGUAUCCAUGAGGUGGCAUCAUGAAGAAAGGGUACAAGAUGAAAGCACUUUGCGCCAUCUGGUUGACUCGGAGGUGUGGACCACAUUUGAUGUCGAGCAUCGUUGGUUUGCUCAAGAUCCUCGAAAUGUGAGGCUCGGGCUUGCUACUGAUGGGUUCAACCCAUUCAAUAAUAUGAGCAAACCAUAUAGCAUAUGGCCAGUGAUUCUAGUUCUAUAUAAUUUGCCUCCAUGGCUAUGUAUGAAAGAUCCAUUCUUCAUGUUGUCUACACUAAUUCCUGGGCCGAAAUCACCGGGGAAUGAGAUUGAUGUUUACUUACGCCCUUUAGUUGAUGAACUACUAGAGUUGUGGGAAAAUGGGGUUGAUACGUAUGAUGCCAUGGUUGGGCAACGAUUUCGAUUACAUGCGGCUUUAUUGUGGACUAUCAAUGAUUUUCCUACAUAUGGUAACAUUUCUGGUUGGAGCACUAAAGGGAAGUUGGCAUGCCCUUGUUGUAAUCUGCAUACAGAUUCUUUCUGGUUGACAAAUGGGCAAAAGCAUUGUUACAUGGGUCAUCGCCGCUUCCUUCCAACAGGGCACAUCUUCAGAACCAAGAAGAAUAUUUUCAAUGGAAAAGAAGAUCUAUGCAUGCCACCUAUGCAGCUUUCAGGGGAAGAUAUAAUGCACCAAUUAAAUAGCAUUGGGCAUGUAGAUUUUGGCAAGGGUACUAAGCGGAGAAAGCGCACCCCUGAGGAGUUAAACUGGACAAAAAGGAGUCUCUUCUUUGAUCUACCCUAUUGGCCAGCUCUGAAACUUAGACACAAUCUCGAUGUUAUGCAUAUCGAGAAGAACAUAUUUGACAAUAUUUUGGGUACAUUGAUGAAUAUUCCAGGUAAAACAAAGUAUGGUAUCAAGGCUCGCAGAGACUUGGCCGAACUCGGUAUAAGGAAAGAAUUACAUUUGAAAGAAGUUGGUGAUCGAGUUAUUAUUCCUCAUGCACAGUUCUUGUUGCAUGGAGAUGAGAGGAAAGAUUUUUGUGCAUGGUUGAAAGGUGUAAAAUUCCCUGAUGGUUUUGCAUCUAACAUUUCAAGCUGUGUUAAUGUCCGCGAGUGUAAAAUAUCUGGUAUGAAAAGUCAUGAUGCCCACAUAUUUUUACAAAGGCUAUUGCCAACAGCAAUUGCAGGGUACUUACCUCGUGAUAUAUGUAUGACAUUGAAUGAACUUAGCAUAUUUUUCAAGAUUUUGUGUGCACGGACAUGCAAAAAAGAAGCAGUUUUACAACUUGAGUCUAACAUUGCCCUCAUUCUUUGCAAGUUGGAAACAAUAUUUCCCCCAAACUUUUUUGACGUAAUGGUCCACCUGGCUGUCCAUUUACCCAGAGAGUUGUUGCUAGCAGGACCAGUUCAAUACCGUUGGAUGUAUCCAUUCGAGAGGUAUUUGGGCAAGUUUAAGCGGUAUGUGAAAAACAAAGCCCGACCAGAAGGAUCCAUUGCUGAGGCUUAUAUUCAUGUUGAAUGCUUGACGUUCGCAUCAAUGUAUCUACAUGAUGUACCAACUCGCUUCACUCGAGAGGAUCGAAACAUUGAUGUUGGUGUCCAAACAUCCGAGAUAUCAGCCUUUGGGAUUUUUGAUCAAAAAGUCCGCCCACUUGGUAUCGCAACACCUAUCCAGUUGGAUAAGAAACUAUUUAAAACUGCCCGAUGGUAUGCCCUCAACAACUGCACCGAGAUUGAACAGUUCUUGGAGGAGCACUACAACAUCUUGAAGGAGCAGAGCUUAUAUAACAUUGAAAGGCGGCAUGAAGCUGAAUUUCCAUCGUGGUUCAGGAAACGUAUUCAAGCGCUACGUCGUACGGAUCCCCACAUAGUAUCUGACGAUCUUUAUGCAAUAGCUUGUGGGCCUGACCCUUGGGUGGGUUCAUAUUUUGGGUGUAUAAUGAAUGGUAUACGAUUUCAUACACAACUCCGGGAAUUGAGACGUAGGACACAAAAUAGUGGUGUUCUAGUUACAAGUGAGCACCAAUCAAGUAUGGUUGAUUUCUAUGGUGUUCUGAAUGACAUAUUGGAGGUGAGGUACAUGGGUUGGCGGCGUGUGUGGUUAUUUAGUUGCGAUUGGUUUGAUGUUGGCGAUCCAAUUCGAGGGAUCAGGGUUGGUGAGCAUUUCACAAGUGUCAAUCAUAGUAGAACUUGGUAUAAGGAUGAGCCAUUCAUAUUGGCAUGCCAAGCUUCACAAGUAUUUUACCUCAAAGACACGAGAUUUUCUGGUUCUUGGCACAUUGUGCAAAAGAUCACAUAUAGGAAUGUCUAUGACGUUCCACAAUUGGAUCGCCAUGAUGAUGUAGAUGAACCUAGCGAGUCCAAUGUCUUCCAAGAAGAACAAACUCCAGAAGAAGCAGUAGAUGUGGACACCGAGCAUAAUGUCGACAACCCCCAAUGGGUAAGGCCAGAUGUUCAGUCAGCCACGAUAGCCACUACCACAUUGGCUGGGGGAAGUACUCACAAUGUCAACAACCUGGGUAAUAUCGACGACAUUUCAGAUGAGGAAGAAUUCAAUUCUAGCGAUACCAUGUCUAAUGGAUCAUGUGAGGAGGAAGAUCUUGAUGACACCGAUGCGGAGUCUAAUGUUGAAGGCUCUCUGAGUAAUGACACUGAUCGAGGAUGGGAUUCAAGCUAA